AUGGCAAGAGUAACCAUUGAGCUCUCUUACAAGCCCAAAAAUGAAGAACCUACUAUUUAUAGAUCUUAUACCGGAAAUAAGACCAUUACCGUCACAAGAACUACUGACCCUCCUGGAUCUGCCUUUACCAGAUAUACCCAUAGGGACAGCCGUAGUAGAAAUCAACCAUUCACCCUCUUAGAAGUUAAAGAUAAUGGUAGUCCCAUUCAAGGAAUUCCUCCUGCUGGACAUGGUGGUAUGCCUAAUGUAACUUCCGUUUCUGGCUAUUACUGGACUGGUAAUACUGAGAAGGCACUCAUAGUAGGAGUCACUGCUAGUGCUGGAGGAACUACCUAUUAUGCCAGGAUUAGUAGUAGUACUGGUUGGAUUGGACAACAUCAACUCUCUGGUGAAGCCCUUGAGACUCAACUUGACAACCUUAACUGUUUGUUCAAUCAAGCAGUUACUAUAGAUCUUACCAAAGGUAGAUACGGGGCAGGAAGGCGGUAUUGUUGUGCUUACCAUAUUAAUGACCAAGGGAGGGUCUCCGUUGAAUCCAAGACAGUUUCUUGCACAUCCCACAAUACAAGCUCUCUUACAUACUACAAACAUGAUAUUAAAGCUGGUGGAGUGAGGGUAGCAGCUAUUAAGUUCUAUGAUGGUAGUGGUCAUAAUACAGGAAGAAAGAGAAUAAGUGCUCCUGAAUUACAAUUUUCUAUAGAAUGUCCAGUUAUCGUCUACACAUUCUAUUGUAGAGGGAAUGGGCCUGCACUGAUAUAUGUCGAAAAUAAUGGAAGCUCUCCGGUUAAUAAAUGGUUCAGGAAAGGUACUGAUGGUAAUACAUGGGAAAAAGUCUUGGAUGAAGUUCCUGACCCAGAAAGCAUCACAGACCAUAACAACUAUAACGAACUUGUGAAUGCAAUAAGGAGUGCUGGAUGUAGAAGCUAUCAACCAUGUCCUCUUCCCAAACCUGAACCUCCUCCUGAAGUUGCUAAAGAAUCUUCUCCUUCUGGUCAAGCUGGUCAUCAAGGUGAUACUUCUGAUCUAGGACCUGCUGGUAAACCUGAUGGUACUCCUCAAGCUACUAAAGGUUCUCCUGGAAGCCCUUCUUUUUGGGAAAAUCCUACUAAUACUAUUCCUACUGUUCUGACUGGAGUUGGUGUUGUUUCUGGAUUAGUCGGCUUCGCGGGAUUUAAGGGUUAUAAACUCUACCAAAGCUUUAAUGGAGAUCCUUGGGUUAGACAGAUUUGA